GGAAGCCCGGCACGAUGAUCCGCCUGUUUUUUUCCAUGGCCAAACCCACCCCUCCAGUGCCGCUGCAGGCGCGCACCCGGCUUGCCGCCACAUUGAGGCAUCUUUCGUCCGCAGCCCCAAAAAGCAAAGGCGCCCAGCCGGCCCUGGAAUCGCCCAAUGCCCCAAAAGCUCACUACGUAUCUGUCGGCGUGGGCAGCAAGUACACGAAAGAGUACAAAAACUACUGUGUCGAGGCCCCGGCCAAAGUGAUGUCGUAUUUCCACGAUGUGCCCCUUGGGUUGGACCUUGAGCGUAAAACGGCCACCGUAGUCGUAGAGAUCCCGCGGUGGCUGAACGCCAAGUUCGAAAUCAACAUCGGCGAGCCGGGCAACCCCAUCACGCAGGACGUCAAAAAGGGCCGCGUUCGUUUUGUGAAAAACUUGUUUCCCUACAAGGGCUUCCCGUUCAACUAUGGCGCGUUCCCGCAAACGUGGGAGGACCCCACGGUCAUGCACGAUGUGGCGGGUCUCCCUGGCGACGGCGACCCCUUGGACGUGUGUGAAAUCGGUGCACGGGUCUUGCCCACGGGAACGGUGAAAACCGUCCGGAUCUUGGGAUCCUUGGCCCUAGUGGACGACGGCGAGUUGGACUGGAAAGUCAUUGUGGUGGACGAGCAGGACCCGCUUGCCGGCGAGCUCCGGGACAUUGGCGAUGUGCUUGAAAAAUGCCCGGGGCUUUUGGAAGCUACCCGCGAGUGGUUCCGCAACUACAAGCUUCCGGACGGCAAGCUUGCGAACAAGUUUGCGUUUGACGAGACGUACCGCAGCCAGCAGGAAACCAUGGACUUGAUCAUGCAGUGCCACGGCGCCUGGCGGCGGCUCGUGCAGGGCCGGUCUGCAGCCGAGGGCUUUGCCAUCGAGAACACGACGGUGGAGAACACCCCGGGUCACGUGGCCCGCUUCGCCUUCUCCGACGCCGUGUUGGGCAGUGACGUGGAGUCCGACGCGGAGAUUCCGCCCGACGUGAGCCGCAGCCACUUUUUCAAGCACGAGCUUUAAUAGGAAAGGCCUGAUUUGGGGUUGGUUGGGAAGGCCCAGCUUAGUGUGACUUGGGACGGGCUGUCUCAUUGGGACGAGAUGUCUUCGUAUUAUUUGGGACGGGUUUGUCACGUAUCACUGGGGAAAGACAGCCUUCGUAUAAGUCAAGCGUGGUAAUCGAGGCAUGUAUGCGAGGCCUGGGCACGUCUAUCAAUGCGUGUUGCAAACCAGACAUCACCCUUUAGACACAGCAUAUGCGCUGAAUGUAUAUAGACAAUUGCAACUUGAUAAUCAUGUUUUGGGUGUCACCGGACGGGGCUGUAUCGGGACGUUCCCAUAUAGUAGAGCUGAUCGGGCCAUUCCGUGGGAGCAGCUUCUCUACAGCUGGCAGUCCAUUUUCCUCUUCUGAGAAGCAGUGGGAAGCCAACUGGUGAGUACGGAUCUG